CCGGUACCGCGCCGUCCACCGGGCCCCACCAUGAUGAAGUUUCGGUUCCGGCGGCAGGGCGCCGACCCCCACCGCGACCGUCUCCGCCACGACCUCUUCGCCUUCAGCAAGACAGUGGAGCAUGGCUUCCCCAGCCAGCCCAGCGCCCUGGCCUACGACCCCGUCCUGCGCGUCAUGGCCAUUGGCACCAAGGCAGGAGCCGUGAAGCUAUAUGGUGCACCAGGAGUGGAGCUGACAGGCUUGCACAAGGAGAUGGCCACUGUCACCCAGCUGCACUUCCUCCCCGGCCAGGGCUGGCUUCUCUCUUUGCUGGACGACAACACGCUGCACCUCUGGGAGGUCUGCCAGAAGGAUGGCUGCUCCCACCUGGAAGAGACCCGCAGCUUCAGCCUCCCAGGACGCCCAGGCUGCUCCCCGGGCAUCACACGGGUGACUGUGGUCUUGCCCAUGUCCUCUGGUGCGGUGGGCUGCCUGGGCACUGAGGGUGGUGCUGUGUACUUCCUCACCCUGCCCACCCUGGUGCUGCUGGAGGACAAAACCCUUUUCCCGGAUGAAAUCCUGCAGAGUGUCCCCGAUGACUACCGCUGCGGGAAGGCUCUGGGGCCAGUGGAAUCCAUCCAGGAGCACCCACGGGACAGGAGCCAGCUCCUCAUCGGGUACAGCCGGGGGCUGGUGGUCCUCUGGGAGCAGAGCACACGCACCGUCCAGCACCUUUUCCUGGGGAACCAGCAGCUGGAGAGCCUGGCCUGGGAACAGAGCGGGAAGAGCAUCGUGAGCUCCCACAGUGAUGGCGGGUACAUGGUGUGGGCAGUGAGUGGCACUGGCCAGAAGACCCAGCAGCCUGUCAUGUCCACCAUCCCUUAUGGUCCUUUCCCUUGCAAAGCCAUCAGCAAAAUCCUCUGGCGGACCUGCGAGUCAGGGAACCCCUUCAUCAUCUUCAGUGGGGGGAUGCCACGGGCCAGCUAUGGUGACCGGCACUGUGUCAGCGUGCUGCAGGGCCAGACCUUGGCCACGCUUGACUUCACCUCCCGUGUCAUCGACUUCUUCACUGUGCAGAGCCCAGAGGUGGCUGAGGGAGGCUUUGAGAACCCCCGUGCCCUCGUGGUGCUGGUGGAGGAAGAGCUGGUGGCCAUUGACCUCCAGACACCGGGCUGGCCCACCAUCCCUGCCCCCUACCUGGCCCCGCUCCACUCCUCUGCCAUCACCUGCUCCUGCCAUGUCUCCAACGUGCCCCUUAAGCUGUGGGAGAGGAUCGUCAGUGCCGGCGAGCAGCAGAGCCCCCAGCAAUCCUCUGCUGCUUGGCCCAUCGAUGGGGGAAAGAACCUGGCCCAGGAGCCCACGCAGAGGGGGCUUCUUCUCACCGGGCACGAGGAUGGCACAGUGCGGUUCUGGGACGCCUCGGGGGUCUCCUUGAAGCCCCUCUACAAGCUGGGCACUGCCAGCAUCUUCCAGACUGACUGCGAGCACAACGACAGCCUCAACCAGGCGGGUGAGGAGGAGUGGCCGCCCUUCCGCAAGGUGGGCUGCUUUGAUCCCUACAGUGACGACCCCCGCCUGGGCGUGCAGAAGAUCGCUCUCUGCAAGUACACGGCCAAGAUGGUGGUGGCCGGCACGGCAGGGCAGGUGCUGGUGAUGGAGCUGAGCGAUGAGAAGUCGGAGCACGCGGUCAGCGUGGCCACCAUGGACUUGCUGCAGGACCGUGAGGGCUUCACCUGGAAGGGCCACGACCGCCUGGCCCCCCGGAACGGGCCCUUGCCCUUUGCCCCUGGCUUCCAGCCCAGUGUGCUGGUGCAGUGCGUGCCCCCCGCCGCUGUCACCGCCGUCACCCUCCACUCUGAGUGGAACCUCGUGGCCUUUGGCACCAGCCACGGCUUCGGACUCUUUGACUAUUACCGGCGCAACCCUGUGCUGGCCAGGUGUACGCUGCAUCCCAAUGACUCUCUGGCCAUGGAGGGGCCCCUGUCCCGUGUGAAGUCCCUCAAGAAGUCCCUACGUCAGUCCUUCCGCCGCAUCCGCAAGAGCCGGGUGUCCGGCAAGAAGAGGCUCAACGCCAGCAGCCCCUCCAGCAAGGUGCAGGAGGCCAAUGCGCAUCUGGCUGAGCAGGCAGGACCGCCCGAGGUGGAGAUGACACCGGUGCAGCGGCGGAUCGAGCCCCGCUCGGCCGAUGACUCGCUCUCGGGGGUGGUGAGAUGCCUCUACUUCGCUGACACCUUCCUCCGGGAUGCUGCCCACCACGGCCCCACCAUGUGGGCAGGGACCAACUCGGGCUCCGUGUUCGCCUACGCCUUGGAGGUGCCGUCGCAAGAGAAGUUCUCGGAGCGGGCAGUGGAGGCGGUGCUGGGGAAGGAGAUCCAGCUGAUGCACCGGGCACCAGUCGUGGCCAUUGCGGUGCUGGAUGGGCGAGGAAACCCCCUGCCCGAGCCCUACGAGGUCUCGCGGGACCUGGCCAAGGCCCCCGACAUGCAGGGCAGCCACUCUAUGCUCAUCUCCUCUGAGGAGCAGUUCAAAGUCUUCACGCUGCCCAAAGUGAGCGCCAAGACCAAGUUCAAGCUGACAGCACAUGAGGGCUGCCGGGUGCGGAAGGUGGCCCUGGUGAGCCUGGCCAGCACCGGCCCCGAGGAGCGGCUGGAGAACUGCCUGGCCUGUCUCACCAACCUGGGUGACAUCCACAUCUUCACCGUGCCUGGCCUGCGGCCCCAGGUCCAUUAUGGCUGCAUCCGCAAGGAGGACAUAAGUGGCAUCGCCUCCUGUGUCUUCACCAAGCAUGGCCAGGGUUUUUACCUGAUCUCUCCCUCCGAGUUCGAGCGCUUCUCACUGAGCGCCAGGAACGUGACGGAGCCGCUGUGCCGGCUGGAGGUGACCCGGCUCCAGGACACUUCAUGCCUCAGCAACAGCUUGAUGGCGACGCCGAAGCUGCCGCAGGCGAAUGGCACCCAUGUCCCGCGCAGCCCCGAGGACCAACACUCCCCCACCGAUAGUGACCGGUCCCCUGAGGAGCACCCGGCCGCCUUCUCGCCUGGUUCCACUGACUCCCCCAACAGCAGCAUGGAGAACCCGCUGGACACCACCGGGGACGUCACUGUGGAGGAAGUGAAGGAUUUCCUGGUGUCCUCGGAGGAAGCAGAGAGGAACCUGAGGAACGCCAGUGAAGACGAGGCCCGGCCCGCGGGGAUCCUUAUCAAGUGAGGCAUCGCCGGCCUCCCCAGCCCAUCUCAGUGCUCGGAUUCCCGGGACGUGCGACUUGACUGGACCCCCCUGUGCCCCCUCCCUGUGUAACGUAGAUUCGCCUCCCUCUAACACCCACGCCGGCUCCGGCACGAGCCCCCCGCGCCCCCCUGCCCGGCCCCCCCAGCCAGGGGUCCUGGUGCACAAACUCUUCCCGGGGAAGAUAAUGAUCUUUUUUUAUAGACGCGGUCGAGUGUCACUGUCCUCAGCUCCAGAGCCCCCCCUUUCCCAGGGGAUGCUGCUGCUUCCCUGGCUCCAUAGGGUGGGCUGGGGCUUGUGGACCCUCCUCAUCCCCCUCCACUUGGUCCCUCGGGGAGGUGGGGGGGGCCGGGAGCCCCGGGCACGGCCUCCCCUGUACCCUGGUCUGUGUUUACAUGCCUGGCUCCCUGCAGUUUACAGCCCUGUCCCCUGGCUCCAGACUGUCCCCUUCCCAGGGGAGCCCAGCACAGACCCCCUGGCUCCCAGGUGGGCACUGGAGCACUUCAGCAGCUUGGGAGGGGCACAAGGGGUGGGGUCACAGGUGGCCUUUUUCUCUUAGUGGCUUCUCCAAGGGCUAUUCUCCAGGUUGGGCUCCAUGCCUGCUGCUCCUUUCUGACACUUAAUUCCUGCCACGGGUGGAUUUGGGAUGGGAUUGCAAUGCAGGGUGGGACACCGGUUCCCAACCCUGCUCUGUGCUGGUGCUGGGGGGAGGGAGGGGAGUGGGAAAUGGGGUUCGGGGCUGCCCCAACCCCCUCCUGCCCCACUCGGGGGUCUCACUGUGCCAAAUUCCUCUCCCCUGCCUGGGUGCCCCAGCCCAGCCUCAUCCUCAUGGGGCUGCAGUGACACUGCCUCUGUCCCCUGGGGGCUGUCCCUGCGUGGCUCUGGGGCUCAGCCUGGCACCUGCCCCUCCUUUUUGGGAAUCUGGGGCCGUUUCAGACCCCCCCCCCCCCUUCCCCCUCCCCACCCACAACACCCUCCCGGGCUCUUUUUCGGUACGUGUGUGGUUGGGGGGGCAAGUGGGGAGGGGGCUGGGCAAGGCAGCACUGCCCUAGGUCCAGGACUGUAGUGUCCCUUGUAGAAACGCCCCCCUCCACAUCCUUUUUUUUUUUUUUUUUUUUUGGUAAGAUGAAUUUAGCAUUGUUUAGGUAUUAAAAAUACUGGUUUUUAA